GUGGACGGUCACGGUGGGCCGUGCCCACGGCUUCAAUAACAGCAGCAGCUCACCUCGCCGUCCAGUUCGUCACUCACACGCGGAGACAAAAACACCUUCACAAUUCGCGAAAGCUCAGCUGCUUCUGCUUCUUCUUCUUCUUUCGGAUUCGAGAAGAGGAUGUCCAUCUCGCUGCGCCUCGCGGUCCCGACGGCGGCGCCGCCCGUGCUGCCGCCGCUGCGGCAGUCUGCGGUGCGGGCGGCGGGCUCCCCCGCCGCCGCCGCUCUGCGGACGGGCGCGCUCAGGGGAUGCGCCUCGCUGCCGCUGAAGCCGCAGCCGCUGCUGGGGGCGGGACAGGCGGCGAGCGGUCGCCGGGGUGGCGCCGCCGUGUGCCACUCGUCGGCGCACCUGAGCGCGCGGACGAUGCAAUGGGUCUCCGCCGGGGCCACCGCAGUGCUAUUGCUUGCUAAAGGCACAGCCAUACACAAAUCUUUCCUUGUGCCACUGUUUGCUCUGCUAGCACCUUGCAGUGUAAUCUCAUGGAUCAAGAGUGACUAUGGUCAGUGGACUGCUUUUCUUGCUCUUUUGGUGCGUUUGUUCUUCUCCAUUCCAGGUGAGCUGGAGCUUCCAUUGUCAACUAUGCUGCUCGUGAGUGUUGCUCCUUACCAGUUGAUGAAUCUGAGGGGAACUCAAGGUGGUGCAGCACUGUCUUUGGCAUUGGCUGGGUACCUCGCUUUUCAGCACUUCACCAGGGUUGGGGGUUUAGGGAAAGCAUUUGAUCAGGGAUCAAUAAUUGCAACCUUGGCCAUCAUCUGCAUCACAGUUAUCCCCUUGAUGAUGUUGUUCUGAGUCAGAUUAAGCUGGCAAGCCGUUGUUCAUUGUGGGCAUUGCAGGAGCUAGUAGGGAGUACAGAAAAAUAAUAGCUUUGUAAUGCAACACCCUGUCAGACUUUGUGGCCUUGAUAAAAGUAAUAAUUUAUGAGAUGGCUACAGAAAUGUUUACUGAUGCUGAUGUCUUCAGGGAUUUGCUCAUUUUCUCA